AUGUCAACAGGAAGGGUACGAACGAAGAAAAAGGCAUGUUCUUCAGACCAGUCUCCGGACAGCCUUCCUCUGAGAAGUUCUGGAAGACAGGUGAAAAAGAAGGCGACUGAAGCAGCAGAUGAUGACGAUGAAGCAUCAGAGAAGAAAUAUAGAAAGUGUGAAAAAGCUGGAUGCACUGCAGCAUGUCCCGUUUGCUUUGCCAGUGCAGCUGAAAGAUGCGCUAAAAAUGGGUACACGUCUCGAUGGUAUCACCUUUCCUGCGGGGAACACUUCUGCAAUGAAUGCUUUGACCACUAUUAUCGAAGCCAUAAAGAUGGUUAUGAGAAAUACACUGCCUGGAAAAGGAUUUGGACAAGUAAUGGCAAAAGCGAGCCCAGUCCAAAAGCCUUCAUGGCUGAUCAGCAGCUUCCUUACUGGGUGCAGUGCACAAAGCCAGACUGCGGUAAAUGGCGUCAGCUGACAAAGGAAAUCCAGCUGACACCCCAGAUAGCAAAAACCUACAGAUGUGGUAUGAAACUGAACAAUUCCACCAAGACUGAGGGCUCAGACCAGUGCUCCAUGCCUGAGGACUUGGAGGCUCUUACCCCUCAAAAAUGUAUCCAUCACAUCAUUGUCCGGGGGCUUGUGCGUAUUCGCUGUGUUCAGGAAAUGGAGAGGAUCCUGCAUUUCAUGACAAGGAAAGGACUAAUCAACACAGGGAUUUUAUCAGUCAGUCCUGACCAGUAUCUUCUUCCUAAGGAAUACCACAAUAAAUCUGUCAUUAUUGUUGGGGCUGGUGCAGCAGGAUUAGCAGCAGCCCGACAACUGUACAACUUUGGAAUUAAGGUCAUUGUCUUAGAGGCUAAAGACAGAAUUGGUGGCCGAGUGUGGGACGACAAGACGUUCAAAGGAGUCACUGUUGGGAGAGGUGCACAAAUUGUCAACGGAUGUGUCAACAACCCCAUGGCACUAAUGUGUGAGCAAGUAUCUGCGCGCUCAUGGGACCACAAUGAAUUCUUUGCCCAGUUUGCUGGAGAUCACACUCUUCUAACCGUGGGAUAUUCUACCGUGAUCGAUAAAUUGGCAGAAGGGCUGGACAUCCGGCUGAAUUUCCCAGUACAGAGUAUUGACUAUUCUGGUGAAGAAGUACAAGUUACUACUGCAGAUGGAACAGUGUGGACAACACAAAAGGUAUUGGUGACUCUACCACUGGCCCUUCUUCAGAAAAAUGCCAUUCAGUUUAAUCCUCCACUGUCGGAAAAAAAAAUUAAAGCCAUUAAUAGUUUGGGAGCGGGAGUCAUUGAGAAGAUUGCCUUGCAGUUUCCUUAUAGAUUUUGGGACAGUAAAAUCCAAGGAGCUGAUUUUUUUGGCCAUGUUCCACCCAAUUCCAGCCAACGUGGGCUCUUUAGUGUGUUCUAUGACAUGGAUCCAGAGGGCAAACAAAGCAUUUUGAUGACAGUGGUCACUGGGGAUGCUGUGACAACCAUUAGCAGUUUAGAUGACAAACAAGUACUGCAGCAGUGUAUGACUGUCCUUCGAGAGCUGUUUAAGGAGCAGGAGGUUCCUGACCCGGUGAAGUUUUUUGUUACUCGAUGGAGCGAAGACCCUUGGCUCCAGAUGGCGUACAGCUUUGUGAAAACCGGAGGCAGCGGGGAAGCUUACGACAUCAUCGCUGAAGACAUACAAGGCAAAGUUUUUUUUGCCGGUGAGGCCACAAAUAGGCACUUUCCUCAGACCGUGACAGGAGCUUACUUGAGUGGGGUUCGAGAAGCGAGCAAAAUAGCAGCGUUUUAA